AAUAUCUCAGCGCUUGGAACCAACUUAUUUCAGCAUCAAACAAACUUACAAGAAUUAGAUCUGAGACAGAACAGCAUCAGUGAGGUUCAGGCUGGAGCAUUUAAUAACUUGGGAAGCGUUAUACGAAUAUAUUUACAGGAUAAUCAGAUUGUAUUCUUGCCCACAUUUCCUUCGUUAGGAAGUCUAAAUGUUCUUAAUUUACAGAACAACAAGAUUGAGAAUAUCGGCCAGGAAUGCUUUGUAAAUCUUCCAAAUCUGGGGAGUCUGAACUUCAAUGGGAACAAUCUUGCAUGUGACUGUAAUGUGUACAGCUCUUUGGUUGCUGUGAUAAACGCUCUAAGUCAGGGUAGAGCCGCAGUGUGUGUGUCGCCGCCACGAGUUGCCUCUGUGGAAUUUUAUCCCGGCGGAUCUUACGAGGAUCAACCAGUUCAAGAUUUCACAUGCUCACCUGUAAACAUAUCUGCCUCAGCCCCCGGUGAUUUUCAGCUGCAAGUGGACUGGGACAGACCCGAAGUGCUAUAUCCGCCAUAUUCGCUGGACAAAAAUACCACGUUUGUGGAUACGUGGAAUAUUACAGAUGUUUUAAGAGUGGAGUACAAUGCGACCUGUGACAGUGCAGAUGCCGCCUCCCUCUUUGGCUCAACCACAAGCGAUUUUUUCUUGUUUGAGCAAGCUGAUGGGGUCCAGGCUGGUAUUGACUAUGUGUGCCAUGUAACUAUGACGGUAGAAGCCUUUAAUGGAACAAACUUACCUGAUGACCCAGGGGGACAAGGUUCCAUUGAAACUCAGACCUCCCCUAAAAGUGAGAAAGCAAGUAUCACCACCCUGGAGGGAAGGGCCCCUGUGACUAAUGCCUCCCUAAACAGUUCCAAUUAUUACUUGGACGUUGCCUAUUAUGAUUUCCAGUUUUCCGAUGGUGACUUUACCGGUAUUGGUGCGUUCAGGGAUGACCUGUACCAGAAUCCUCAGUAUGUGCACAGUCCUUAUGGGAGCUGGCUGGCAAUAUCAAACAACCCAACUGGUGACAGUUUUUCUCAGUGGUUUAGAAGUGAUUCAGGCAGAAACAUACAUUACGAAGAGAAACUGGAGCUGGGGUUACAAUUAGAGACAGAUUCUAACGGCAAUCCAGUGUUUCGGCAUUUUAACGACGAAUUCUUCCCAGUAGAUGGCCGUGGAUGGGGAGCUGAAGGACAGCGUGACUGUUUCACCAAUGCGCUCAGGAAUUAUGGAUUCACGACUGCAAUACGCACAGCUUUCAACUUCUCUGGCAACGAAAUGUUAACAUUCUCUGGCGGCGAAGAGCUGUGGGUGUACAUUGACAAGACACUUGUGGUGCAGUUAUUUUCUGAUCCAUUGGACUCUGAUGUUCCAUGCCGCACUAUCAGCUUAGCAAACGUUGCUGGUAACGGAUCUAUAGUCCCUGAAGGUGGUUCAGUUAUUGGUGGAAAAUGCCAAGUCAGUGGUUCUCUUCCAGCAGAGACAGCUAGCCUGUCCCUAAGGAUCAACGAGGCAUACCGUUUAGAUGUCUUCAUUGCUGAGAGAUUCCGUUGUAAAUCACACAUUCUGUUCCAGUCGAGUGGAGUAUCAUUUCUGCUAGAUGACGCCCGACCUGUAGACUAUUUUGCAGUAAUUAGCGAGGAUGCACAUGUUGGAUCUCUUGUGCAGGUUUUCAACGUGGCAGACGAUUUCUCCUCUGGGCCGUACAAUGUAGACAUCCUUGAAGGAAACGAGCAAGACAGGUUUGAAAUCCAAGAUGGAACCUACACGGCGCCCAAUGCCCCCGUCACUCCAGCUCCACCCAAUUUCAUUCUUGAUGGAGAGACGAUUUUAUUGUGUCCAAAUGCUACUGAUGAUCCACUGACUCCCAUACCCAAUAUAAAUUCAGGUAUUCAAUCAUUUACUUCUAUAACCACGUCUAACGCUUCGCUCACGCUGAAAGCUCUUCUGGACUUUGAAUCCAACCCAUCGUAUGAAUUAUAUCUGAGAAUUACGGACAUUAACAAAGGGUGGACAGGGAACAUUACAAUCAAGGUUAUUGUUGAAGAUUACAACGAUCACUGCCCUUUCUUGGCAGAGGUCAAUAUAAACCUGGACCUGGAGCCCAUUCCGCCGCUUCAGAAAGAUGCAUUCUUCACCGCUGCAGCCACUGACAGAGACAGCGGUCUGAAUGCUCAAAUCAGAUUCAAGGCCAGCGAUCCAGAGAGAAUGUCUUUAGACUCGGUCACCAAACCGAGGUGUCGUGGCUGUAGGACCGGGUACUUCUGUGUUGGCGAUGGCACUGAAGAGCGAUGUGGAGUCAACUCCCUAACUGAGUUUUCUUUUGGAUCUGCUGCAAGCUGUUCGCCUUGUAAGGAGGGAUGGCUUUGUGUGAACGGCACCGCGCGUCCUUGUCCAGAAAGUACUCAUGUCAAGUGUAAUGAAACGUUUUGUCCAGAGAAUUGUUUUGACUGCGAGCCUGGCACGGUAUGCUGGGAAGGGAUGAAGCAAGAUUGUACACCAGGACGAUACAGUAAUGGAAAAGGGUUUCCUUGCAAGUUGUGUCCUCCCGGAAGCUUUAACAAUGAGACCCGUGCACAAACGUGCGAGUGUUGCCCUGAUGGCUAUUCCAGUACUUAUAUGAAAACCAGCUGCCGGCCAUGUCCUGCUAACGAGUGGGCAAAGCAUGAGACCUUCCCGAACUGUUCAUUAUGUCAGACGUGCUUUACACUAGAGGAUUGUCCAUGCUUAUCAAAUGGCACCUGCUUUCCCGGUGUGAGUUGUCUGAAUGUUGGAGUUGGUCUGUCAACAUGUGGACCUUGUCCAAACGGUUAUGAAGGGGAUGGAAGAACCUGUGAUGACAUCGACGAGUGUUUCCGUGCCAAUCCCUGCUAUGAAAGCGACAAGUGUGAGAACCGUGUCCCUGGUUAUCAGUGUGCUGCAUGCCCUGACGGCUUCAGGGGUAAUGCUCCGUCAGGGGUUGGUCUGGAAGACGCUCAGAACUCCAAACAAGUCUGUGAGGAGAUCGACGAGUGUAAGGAAGGCAUUAGCAGCUGUGAUCCAAAUUCACAGUGUAUCAACACAAACGUGAGUCAAUAUGCACCUGUUAUUGUUUAACUGUGUAAUAUGAUCGAUGGAGAUGUACUUCGAAGAGAAUACACAACCUUCUUUUUCUAUUGUCAAUGGGGCCAUUUUUUCACACACAAGCUCCUACUCUUUCGCUAGAAUUCAAACAAUAUUUUAUUCCCAUGCGUCUACAGU